AUGCUAAAUAAUAAAUAUAAUUUUUACCAAGCAAAUAGUUUCUUAAAGCAAUCAAAUAUUUAAAGCUCAGAAUAUCAAAGCAAGAAAAUGAACAUAAAUAUCACUCCUUUAUCUCUUUGUUCGUCUCCAUCAAAUAAAUCUAACCCAUAAAAAGGUUAAAAGCAAUAAGAAAACAAGCCAUUAUCUGCUAAAAAUAACACUUUAACAAAAAAAUUAGCUCUUUUUUAAUCAGUUUCUAAUUUAAAAAUUAAGGAUUCUAUAACAAAAAAGCGUAAGAGUGAGUAGAAUUUGUUAAAAGGGAUAAAGGGUGAUAAAAAUAAUACCAAUUAACCUUUAAAUCAACCUUUUUUAACUCAGGUUUAGUAAUAGAAUCAUGUCUUAUAAAAUAUUUUUUAUAUGACAGAAGGUGAUGAAUUAAAAGAAUCAAACUAAGAUUAUUUCUAGUAAUAAAAUGCAUAGAAACGAUAAAAUCUUGACUUAUAAAAAAAUAUUUUUACUAAUAAGCAAAAUUAAAACUAGGAAUCAUAUAAUCUUUAGAUUUAGCAGGUUAAUUUUUAAAAGCUAAACGAAUAUGACAAUAUAAGUUAGGAAGCUAAUUAAUAGGGAUUAAGUAAUAAUUAUUUGGGAGUCCAUUUAAGGGCUAAUGAAGCAGACAAAGCUUAAUUUUAAAAAAUAAAAUAAUUUUAAAACUCCUACUAAAUGAAUAAUGAAUAAGGAUUGAAAUUCCACAAUAAUUUUUCUAGUUCUACGCUUAUUUUAAAGUAAAAAUAAAUAGAAAACGAUAUUUAACUCAAGAAAACAUCAAAUUUAUAAACAGAAAAUUAUCAAAAUAUCAUCUAAUAGUAAAUAAGGUAGAAUAAUAAUAUUUAGUAUUAGAAUAAGACCGAAUAAUAAUAAAGUUUAUCCCCAAACAAAAGCAGCUAAUAACAACUUAAGAAUUCUAAAAUUUAAAUAGAUAAAUAGUCAAUAAAUAAUGAGCCAGAUCUUUCUAACAUAUUUAAAAAAUAGCAGCCUGACUAUUCAAGUAUUAUGGAAAUGCUAAGUAACAGGAAUAAAGAAAUACAAAAACUUAGCAACUAUAAGUUAAAUCUUUCUGAAAAACUUUUAGAGUUGAGAACUUAAGUUAAUUAAUUACAAAAUGUCUAAAAGAAAAAUUCUGACUAAGAUUAUGCUGAAUAAGCUUCCAAUAAUCUAGUAAAUUAAGAAGCAGAUAAUAAAUUGACUAUAGUUGAUUUUAUUAAUUAAUAAAAAUAAAAUUGUAACACCAUAAACUAAGACGAAAAAUAGAAAGAAAUGGAGAGCGAAAGCUUAAAUUAAAACGUAGAAUUAAAUUUUAUAGAAAAUUAAUUUAAAAACUCAAUGAAUAAAGGAUAUUUUCAACAUUUGAAUAAUCCAAACAACUUGUAUAUUUAAGGAACAACAGGAACGAAUGACUAUAAUAGUUAAAAUUAGGGUGUAAGUUUGAAUAUGAUGCAAUCCUUAACAAAUGAUGAAAUAAUAUGCCCACUUUCAACUAAGAGUUAAGGAGUUCCCACUAGAGAUAACAUAAUAUAAAAUUAUAAGGUACACCAUCUCUCUAAUGAUUUCGGUAUUAACAAAGAAAAUGUUUUAUUUUCUUAAAGACAAAAUGCAAUCCUUUAAAAUUCUGGCAAGAAAGAUUAAAAUUUAAACAACUCAAAUAAAAAAAAGAAAACUAACAGCUAACCUUAAAAAGUCCCUAAAUAAGCAUAAGUGUUUAAAUUUAAUAACAUUAAAUCUGGUGAUUGUUUUACUUCUAGCAAUUAAGUACCCCAAAACCAUGAUAUAGAAAACAAUUUAAAUUCAUAGGAAGUCAAUUUAUAACCAGAAAAUAAUAUAGCUGAAUUAGUUAAAUAUCAAAACGCUCCUCUAUCAUCAAAAAGUGUAAAAAUUGAAUAAUCUAACUCUACUUAGCUUUCAUAGAAACAUUUUGUAUCUGUUGGAAAUUAGAUAAAUCCUAAUUAAAUUAUUACUUAGUCUAAUAAUAAUAAUAAUUAUUAAAAUAAUUUAAAAAAAUAAUCAGGUAUUAGUUAAUAAUUUAAUUCUCAACUACAAUAAAACUCUUAAAACUAUUAGUAAAAGCUACAUGAUUAUAACUAGUAGUGCUAUGUAAACCAAAUUGCUGCUAAAACAAAUGUUUCUUUAAAAAAGAGCUCUAAAGAUUUUCUAUUAGACAAACUGUAAUUAGAAAAUCAGCUCCAACAACAAAAAUUAUAAAACAAGAAUCAUUCUAAUUUAAAUAUUCUUAUAAAUAAUAACAAUAAUAACAACUAGAACAACUUAGCAAAUUAAGCUCCAUAAAUUCAUAUCUAUCCAUAAACUACCUCAUCAAAAUCAUUAAACUAACAAAAUAAGGUCAAUAAUAAUUCUCCUAUAUUUUAUAAGUCAACAAUUUAACUCUCUCGCUUGAAUAAAAGUAAGAAAAAAAUUGAUCAAAAUGGAGGUAAUAGCGCUAGAUUAAAUGAAUUUGAUAGUCAUAGAAAUAAUAAAAUCCAAAGCAAUUAAAAUUUUAAGUGUAGUACAACUGAGAAUUCAAAGAUUUGUAGAAGAUUGAGUACAAACGAUAAUAACAUAUAAAAUAAAAGCUCAGAAAAUAUAAUUAUGAACUCAAAUUCUAAUAAAGCAAACAUAAACGAUAACUUAUCAUUAGGCAAUGGAUAGUAUCUGUAAGAUUAAAAUUUGUAAAUUGUAUAGCAGUAAGUUAAUUCAGCAACUUUAAGUAAUGGUAAUAGUACCUAUUUCCCUCUAACAAAAAAAGAACUACCCUAAAAUACUAAUAAAUAAACUAGCAAUAAUAAAAUUUAUCAAUAAAAAUCAAAAAAUGCAAAUUAAGCUACUCUAAUAUAAUAAAAGUUAUUGUUGUCUAAUGCACAAAGUUAUACAACUUCAAAUAAUUCAACCAAUGGAAAUACUUAGCAUUAUUCUUCAAAUUAUUAAAAUCUAUCGACCUAAGCAGAAAAUGGGUACAAUCCACUAUUAAAGAGUAAUACAAUUUUCUAAUAAAAUACAAAUGGUAUACAAGAAAAUAAUUUUUUGAAUAAGUCAACUCCAUUAAAUCAAUAGUUGAUAACUCACCAAGAUUAGUUUUCAUAAAUAAAUGCACCUUUUAAUACAUUGAAGUCAAACAGUGAGGAUAUUUAAUUAUAAUUGAACUAGCAAAUAAAUCAAAUUAACAUCUAAUAAGAAUUGGAUCUGUUAAAGUAAAAAAUGGUAAGAGUUCUUAAUAAAUACUCAAAUAAGUAAGCUUUCUUAGAAAACUUGAAUAAACAACUAAUUUAAAAGUUUGAAAAUUUUUAAAUUUGA